CCGCAAAUACAUCAACAACUCCCAGGGUGGCAAUUGUCCUUCAAAAGUUGUCAAAUCCUUCCACCAAGAAUGUCUUAGACGUGUUAGUAUGUACCUGAAAUCCAUAAUGGGCGAUGCAAACGAGGCCAUCAUAGACAAAAUUUUCGAUAACAUCAAUGCUUCCCAUCCAGACUGCCAGCUGGCUGUUGCAGCCAUGACCGGCUACAUUUACGGUGUCAUCAUGACCAAAAUCGGAAAGACACUGGCACUGGCCACCGGAGGCGGCAUCAUACUUCUCCAGCUUGCAAACAACCACGGCAUAAUCACGAUUCAUUACAACAAAAUCGCCAUACCGAGAAACGCAGCCUACAUGAGGAACUCUGUGGGUGAUAGUUUUUGCCACGCCAUCGAUUCCAUUUAUACUUUUGCGAAGACGAACACGGUGUUCAGUAUAGGAUUCAUUGGAGGGAUGCUGGUUGGAGUGGGGAGCUGUUUGUAGUUUUAUUCUUUUUAGGAAGUAUAUUUUUAAUUUUAUAAAGUUUUGAACUUCAAUAAAGUCCACUCUACAGACCAAUAA